GACCAGUGCGUCACGUGACCGGUCAGUCGGCGUCCUCUUCGCUGGGUGGUGUAGACUGUGCGCUGACCCGGCGGCCCUGUGGCGUCCGGCCUGUGUCAUGCAGGAAGCGGGCGGCGCGUGGAGCUCGGCGCCCACCUGAGCUGCUUGCGCCGAGGAGCGGCGUGGCGUGGCGGGAGGGGAGCUGCGCGCGCCCGGCCGCCGCCAGGGGUGUGGCCGCUCGGGAGGCCGCGACAGCUUGAAGUCAAUGGCCCAAAAUGACUCUGCUGGUGGAGACUCAGUUCCGUAAGGAGAAAGACCAGGUCAGAGGCUGGGAUGAGCAUGCCACUGCACCAGAUCUCUGCCAUCCCUUCUCAGGACGCCACUUCCGCUAGAGUCUACAGGAGCAAGACCAAAGAUAAGGAGCUGGAGCAGAAUGAGAAGACUUUGGGACAUUCCAUGAGUCAUCCAAGCAACAUUUCUAAGGCUGGGAGUAGUCCUCCAUCCACGACGGCGCCAGUGUCUUCCUUCCCUCGCUCCUCUGUCACACCGUCCAACCAGGACAUCUGCAGUUCCAGUGCAGUGUUUUCUGAGUGUUGUCACUACAGUCCCGUGCAGUCUGCUGUUGUCUUGAAAGCUCCUCCAUACCAGAGUUCUCUGACACAAGGGCUCACUGUGACAGUUAUCUGUAAAGACACAUUGCAGGCAACAAAGAGAAAUCCCUUUGGUUCAGACCAGGACCAAGCUUUGAGGCCUGCUAAGAAUACCAAGGCAAGAAGAGCACUCAGAUUCUCAAAGUCACUAAGUGAUGUGGGUGAGAAGACCCAGGAUGCUUUCGAGAGCUUUGACUAUAUGGAAAGAACAUGUUCUGAAGGGAAAUUGGUGCUCCCUCAAGGCCCAUCUCUCAAAAAGAACAGGCUCCAUCAUGAAAAAAGAGCAGAGCACUGCCCACCCUUCGGUCAUUCCAAACACUCUCGAGUCUUAGCCCUCCCCACCAACCAUUCAGUUGCCUCAAAGAGGGAAGCUGGCAAGGGGAGUGUGCGCAUCCCACUUUUGGAGGAGAAAGCUGAUGGCGAGACCAGGUUGAGAAGCCAACGACUGCUCCGGUACCUGUUCUCACUCUCCCGUGGCUCAAGUGCCAGCAGCCUGCAUAGGUUCCAUGAGCUGGAGAGCCAUGCCAGCCAUCUGUAUACUGCCAAGUCCUCCAGCUGGCUGGCAGGGAGCACGGACUUCUGUUCUGAUGAAAUGGGAGAUGACGACGUCUUUGAGGACACAACGUCUGUCAAACUGAAGAGCAGGGUCCUGCGUGCACCCCUCUGCUCAGUAGAGAAGGACAGUGACCUGGAUUGUCCUUCUCCACUCUCUGAAAAAUGCACCCCCAUCUCUCCUGUGUCCACCUCAGGGGAUGCCUGCAGGAUCUGCCACUGUGAAGGAGAUGACGAGAGCCCUCUGAUCACCCCCUGUCACUGCACAGGAAGCCUCCAUUUUGUGCAUCAGGCUUGCCUGCAGCAGUGGAUCAAGAGUUCUGACACGCGCUGCUGUGAGCUCUGCAAGUACGAGUUCAUCAUGGAGACCAAGCUGAAACCUUUGAGGAAAUGGGAGAAGUUGCAAAUGACUGCCAGUGAGCGCAGGAAGAUCAUGUGUUCAGUGACGUUCCAUGUCAUUGCUAUCACCUGUGUGGUGUGGUCCUUGUAUGUGCUCAUUGAUCGCACAGCAGAGGAGAUCAAGCAGGGUCAGGUGACAGGAAUCCUGGAGUGGCCUUUCUGGACUAAGCUGGUAGUUGUGGCCAUCGGCUUCACCGGAGGUCUUCUCUUUAUGUAUGUUCAGUGCAAGGUGUACCUACAAUUAUGGAAAAGACUCAAGGCUUACAAUAGAGUGAUCUAUGUGCAAAACUGUCCAGAAACAAGUAAAAAGAAUAUUUUUGAAAAGUCUGCACUAACAGAGCCUGCUCUUGAAAAUAAAGAAGGACAUGGGAUGUGUCGUUCCACCACAAACUCUUCUUGCACAGAGCCUGAGGACACGGGAGCAGGAAUUAUUAACGUCUGAUGCUGUGCAGGGUGCCAUUUCCUUGACGUCCACUACGAGCUGAAGGAAUUUGUUUACUGCCAAUUGUGUUCCUUCCUUCUGUCAUUUAAUAGCAUAGACUGGGCAGGUGACUAUUUAUAGUGGCCUCUCUUUUUCUCAACCUUCCUUGGUGUGGUUAUCCUAGAAUUCCUGUGAGGCAGGUGCCACUGGGGCCCAUUCUGCCAGGGUUCUCUAUGAGCUGGGAAGGUGGGAGAGCCCGUGUAUCCAUGCGGAGCUGGCUGAGUUCCAGCCUCUGGUCUUGAGAAGACUAAGGAAAUACAGAGUUAAGCCAGAAGACAGAGCAGCAUGGAGGAGACUGGUGGAGAGCAAAGCAGCAUGGUCCUGGAGGGCUGCUG